GCGCAGUUCUGAGUGUGCGCGCUCCGGGCGGGCUGCGGCUUGCAGAGAAGCGCAGGAGAGUGUGAGGUAGAGCACACCCGGCGCGGUCCGGAGAUACCGGAGCUCAGGGCCUCUUUGGAUGCCCUCGCAUACAUCGAUCCCUGCACACACCGUUCACAAAUCGUAUCCUGUACAGCCGGGCCCUACCCGGGCUUACCAGCAUGUCGGCCUCACAGGUGUCCUCCUCCCGUCGGCAGUCCUGCUACCUGUGUGACCUGCCACGCAUGCCGUGGGCCAUGAUCUGGGACUUUACUGAACCUGUGUGCCGUGGCUGUGUUAACUACGAGGGGGCUGACCGUAUAGAGUUUGUGAUUGACACCGCAAGACAGCUAAAGCGUAGCCACGGCUUCCAGGAUGGACGGUCCCCGGGGCCACAGGGACCCUCAUCUGGAGGGGCUGCCAAGCAGCACCCAGCUGUUCAGGCUGCCCUGACCGCCAAGGACACAGCACAACUCAAUCAUUUGGAUGGAAGUUCCAAGGCAGCAGCAGCUUCUGGACUAGAAAGAUAUGGACUUGCUACUGACAGAGGGCGUUUUGAGUACACCUUGGCUGCUGCUGCUCGUUUACCGAAUGGCCUGAAUGGAUAUCCUAAACCUGGAGAAGAUGGGCCUCCAGAGCUAAACAGACAGAGCCCCAACUCUCGAGGGCGGACAGGGCAUGGAUUGCUUCCACAGUUGGGGCCUGGUCAGCUUAGUGUCCCCCCAAAUCUUCUUCCCCAGACAUUGCUAAAUGGCCCCCCUGCAGCCUCCUCAUCUUCUGGAGGCCCACAUGUACUGGGAAGGGGCCCUGCAGGUUCCAGCGGACUUAACGUGCCACCUACAGCCUCUUCAUCUGGCGACCCCAAACGUCCAGGCUCUGUGUCAAGCUCAGAUCAGGAGCGAGAGCUCAAAGAAAAACAGAGGAAUAGUGAGGCUCUGUCUGAGCUUACAGAGAGUUUACGUAGCCGGACAGAAGAUUGGGCUGGGAAGCCUAAGCCAGUGAGAGAUGCUCUGAUUACAUUGUCGGGCUGCUGCCCCUUUGAUGUUCGUUUUAAAAAGGAUCAUACUUUGUUGGGACGAGUGUUUGCUUUUGAUGCUGCAUCCAAACCAGGUCUACUGGACUAUGAACUUAAAUUGUUUGUGGAGUAUCCAAGUGGGUCGCUCAAUGUAUUCAGUUCGGCUUCUGGUGUAGCCAAGCAGAUGUACCAGGAUUGCAUGAAGGACUUUGGCCGUGGUCUCUCCUCUGGCUUCAAAUACCUAGAGUAUGAGAGAAAACAUGGCUCUGGAGAUUGGCGAUUGUUGGGGGACUUGCUGCCUGAGUCUGUACGUUUCUUUAAGGAGAUGGUAGGAGCUGAUAUGCUUCCUCAGCCAUAUCUUGACCCUAACUGCCCCAUGCUGCCUAGUGCAUUGAUCAAUUUGCCCCGUCCCCUGGCUACCUCAUCUGGAGGCAGUGGACAGUCCCGAGGAGGAAUGAGGAAACGAAAGGGCACUCCUGAACCGGAUUCUGCUGAAGGACAGAUUUGGAUGACUGGACAGCCUGAUGGAAUAAAACAGCUGAACCUGUCUGCCACUGGUAGCACAACAUCAUCAUCCUCUUCCACAGUGGCUUAUGGGGGUCCUGCUCCACCACCACCUCCACCACCACUUGGUCCUGGGCACCCACAACGUACUACACCACCUGAAAGUGCUCCACAAAAUGGCCCAUCACCUAUGGCAGCAUUAAUGUCUGUGACUGACACACUGGGUACUGCCCACUCGCCCAAGGAUGGGCAAACUGGCAGUGGCCCCCCAGUGCACUCCACAACCUCAUCUGCUCGCAGGAACAGCAGUAGCCCUGUCUCACCUGCUUCCGUGACUGGUCAAAGGCGUUUAAACUCUCGUAAUGGUGCAGGAUCAGCAGAGCUUAACCUUCAAGUGGCACCUGCUGGGGGAGCCCCUCAUCCGGGGAUGGACCAAGUGCACCCCCAGAACAUUCCUGAUUCGCCAAUGGCCAAUAGUGGCCCCUUAUGUUGUACCAUCUGUCAUGAGCGCUUAGAGGACACUCAUUUUGUCCAGUGUCCAUCUGUGCCCAGCCACAAAUUUUGUUUCCCUUGUUCACGAGAGAGCAUAAAGGCUCAGGGAGCAACAGGGGAAGUCUAUUGCCCUAGUGGAGAAAAAUGCCCCCUGGUGGGGUCCAACGUUCCCUGGGCCUUUAUGCAGGGGGAAAUUGCCACUAUUCUGGCAGGCGAUGUCAAAGUGAAAAAGGAGAGAGACCCUUAAACAGCAGUUACCAACAGAAAGCCCCCACUCCCUUCACUUUUGUACAUUUUAGUUCCUACAUAUACCUGGAGCCCAUGUACAAGACUUGCUGGGGGGCAUUAAACCUAGGUGGCAGAACCUGGACUUUACUGAUGCUGCAAGGUGAGAAUGUACAGACCCCCCUCCACCCAGCAGCAACCCACAACCUAUCACAGCACCCCAGCCCAAUGGCUUAUGUACACAUCUGCAGGGGAUAUCAUGCAUGUGCUGUGCAAACAAGAUCUGGUGCCCUCCCCAACAUGUUAGGAAAAGGUUGCUGGCUUAGAAAUGAGAACUUUAUUUGGAAUUAUGAAAGACCUGCCUAAGGGACAAAACCAGGGAUUCCAAAUUAUGUAUAGACCCGGGGGGGGGGGGGGGGGUGAUGCAGGACAAGUGUUGUGUACAGUUCCUAGCACGAUUUUCUGCACAUUUAGGCUAUGGACACAGUCUUAUGUACAGACCAUGUAUUUUUGGUAUGUUUCUAUAUUUUGAAACACAGGUUAUGUAAACUUCAUUUGAAGGUUUGAAGCUUUUAUUGUUCAAGUAGACAUGCUAAUGGAGGUUAAUAUCUGUCCUUAGAUCUCAUUUUUAUUUUUUCUUUACAGCUUUUGUGGCAGUGUGUCCACAAGGUAAAAUUUAUGGCACUUAGCAAAGCUGCUGGUGUGUUUUUUUUUUUUUUUUUUUUUGUAAAUGUGCGCACUUCUAAGGGACAGGUAGAGAGUGGAUCAAAGAAAAAAGAUUUAAAAAUUUCUAAAAAAAAAAUAUAUAUAUAAAUAUAUAAAUAUAAAAGUUUUGUGAGGAGGUUGGCAGGGUAAGUGGCCGGACAACUAGCUUCCAUUCUCUUCAAAUAUAUGUAUAUUUUUUUUUUUUUUUUUUUCCCCCGUUUUAGUUUGGGUCCCGAGGGUGGGUGGAUAUUUGGAGGGCAAGCAGUGACAGGUCUACAGACAGAAAUAUGUUGUAACCCAUUCAGUACUAACUGGUGUGAGCUCUCCCUCUCCACCACAUGGUUACACAUUUUGUUUUCUUUCCUUUUGCACGGAUGCUUUGAGCAGUAGAGCAAAUUGCUGUCUGUACAUUUAGGGUGGGCUAAACCUUUCACUGUCCAAAAUACAUUUCUGUAGUAAAAAAGACCACUGUUAUGUGCCUUGGAGCUUACUACAUUGUAAUAAAUCUGAUUGAUAUUA